UGGAUCAAAUCAAAAUGCCGCUACUCUGAUGUCUGCUUUGUCUCUCCCAUUCUUAAGCUGUACUUUCUCUUCUACCUAUCCAUUUUCCAUUUCACUCAAUUCUUCUUUUUCUUCUUUAAUUCCGUUUCAGCGAGUGAAACUGUUUGGAUCUACUUCUAAAGCAACGACCAGGAGUUUCUUCUUGACAGCUAGGGCAAUGGCUGAGCUCGUUAAAGAUAAGGAAUCCGGUGUCGCCGCUGCUGAGGGCGGCAAGAUGGACAUUGAGCAUUCCCGUACCUUCCUUGAAGCUCGCUCUGAGGAAGAACUCCUAUCUGGAAUUAAGAAGGAAGUAGAAGCACGAAGGUUACCUCCAAAUGUUGCAGCAGGAAUGGAAGAAUUCUAUCGGAAUUAUAAAAAUGCUGUUUUCCAAAGUGGAGAUCCUGCUGCUGCUGAAACUGUGUUGUCGAACAUGGCUGUAGCACUUGACCUGAUGCUUUUGGAUGUAGAGGAUCCUUUUGUCUUUCAACCCUACCACAAAGCUUUACGGGAGCCAUUUGACUACUACAUGUUCGGCCAAAAUUAUAUUCGGCCUUUGAUUGAUUUCAGAAAUUCAUACGUUGGUAAUCUUUCUCUUUUCUAUGAAAUAGAGGAGAAGCUUAAGCAGGGUCACAAUGUUGUACUUUUUUCAAACCAUCAAACUGAAGCUGACCCAGCCGUCAUUGCACUGUUGCUUGAGAAAACAAAUCCACAUAUUGCCGAGAACCUGAUCUAUGUUGCAGGGGAUAGAGUCAUAACAGAUCCUCUUUGCAAGCCUUUCAGCAUGGGAAGAAACCUUAUAUGCGUGUACUCCAAAAAGCACAUGUAUGAUGUUCCUGAGCUUGCUGAUAUGAAAAGAAAAGCCAACAUACGAAGUUUAAAAGAGAUGGCUUUGCUGCUAAGGACUGGCUCGAAAUUAGUAUGGAUUGCACCAAGUGGCGGCCGGGACCGUCCAGAUCCUGUUACAGGAGAAUGGAAUCCAGCACCCUUUGAUUCUUCAUCAGUGGACAAUAUGAGAAGGCUGAUAGAAAGUUCAGGCGCUCCAGGGCAUAUGUAUCCCUUGGCUCUAUUGUGCUAUGACAUUAUGCCCCCUCCAUCCAAGGUGGAAAAAGAAAUUGGAGAAAGAAGAAUCAUAAGCUUUCAUGGGGCUGGAUUAUCAGUAGCUCCAGAAGUUGCUGCUAAUUGUGAAAAGUCUGAAGAGGUUAAGGAUGUAUAUACACAAGCUCUAUACAAGUCUGUGACAGAGCAAUACAAUGUCCUCAAAUCUGCCAUACAUGGAAAACAAGGGUUAGAGGCAUCCACUGCAGGUAUAGCUUUGUCUCAGCCAUGGAACUAGUUUAUAGUUAAAACCAUGUCAAGUUAUCAACGUAACUGCACCCAAAGCCGUAGCCAUAGGCAAUUCUUACAUUACGUGUGUAUCAUGUUUGACCUACGUGCCUAUUCAAAUUUGAUGUUUUAUGUCAUGACAUAUUUUGGAGUGAAGAGGUCCAAUAAUUAUUCAUUUUCUUUUAAUCAUUAUGGCUCUUUUCAAUGUGAGAAGAGAGAUGGAUUAAAAUUGUGUUAGUAGUCUUGGAUUUAGUGUUAAACGAAGAUAUGUCGUUUGGGUUC